AAAGGUUAGUACUUUUCUUUCUGUCGUACAAACACCCCUUCAUCCCGAAUGAUGAGUCAAGAAAAAAUAGCAUGUAUUAUCUUAGCGUCCUUCGGGCCGUGAACGAUGAGAAACUCUUCGUGACUGACACCCUCCCAAUUCUUCAAAUUUCUUAGCCACUAUGUCUACGUCAAAACCGCCGACUGGUCACUUUAGCGUUCUUUACUUCGCAUCUGCUGCCUCUUUUACCAACAAGUCGUCAGAUGACUUUGCUGCUCCAUUGAAGCUUUCGACUCUAUUCGAUCAACUCGAGAACAUGUAUCCCGAUAUCAAUACAAAAAUAUUGCACAGCUGUGCCCUGACUGUGAAUCUGGAAUACAUAGACAUGGAUGCUGAUUCCGGUAUGCUUAUUAACGAGGGUGACGAGGUGGCCAUCAUCCCACCUGUAAGCUCCGGUUAAAGAGCUUGGUGCAAACAAAGACUCGAAACCUUUUAUUGAAAGAAUGCCUUAGAGUGUCGAGCAAGCGUUACUCGAGAACACAUGUGCUUAGUCUGAUGUCUCUUGCCGUGUAGUAAGAGGCUCGGCGUUGGACACGUCAACAUUUCUCGAGUCAGUGUUGAAGCGCUCGUGGAGCAAAAUACUAGUGACUGGCGGGAACGGCGUUAUGUUAUCUAACGUGACACGGGAGUGAGGACACAAGCACUGCAGCUGGUCGACUUUGAUUCGGCUCAAUGGAAAGCUCUAC